CCGUCGCCAUGGCGAUAGGCCCCGGCAGCCAACCGUGCGCCGCUUCCGCUGACGUUCGCCCCGACACGUGGAUCCAAGAUGGCGGCGUCGGCGGCGAUGGAAAGGCUAAGAUAUACGCUGGUCUUGCUGUUGUUGCUGCACGGUACAAACUCUUUCUAUGUACCCGGUGUGGCUCCUAUCAACUUCCACCGCAAUGAUCCUGUAGAAAUAAAGGCUGUGAAGCUCACUAGCUCACGAACCCAGCUACCAUAUGAGUACUACUCGUUGCCAUUCUGCCAGCCCACCAAGAUAACAUACAAGGCUGAGAAUCUUGGUGAGGUUCUUCGGGGGGACCGAAUUGUAAAUACACCUUUCCAGGUUUCCAUGAACGUGGAGAAGAAAUGUGAAGUUCUGUGCAACUUUCCCAAUAAACCAGUCACUCUGACAGUGGAGCAGAGCAAGCUGAUCGCUGAGCGGAUCAGGGAAGAUUACUACAUACAUCUCAUUGCUGAUAACCUCCCUGUGGCAACACGGCUGGAGUUUUAUUCCAAUCGUGAGGAAGAGGAGAAGAAGAAGGAGAAGGAUGUGCAGUUUGAGCAUGGAUACAGGCUUGGGUUUAUGGACGGUAACAAGUUCUACCUGCACAACCACCUCUCCUUCAUACUUUACUACCACAGAGAGGAUGUGGAAGAGAACCAGGAGCCCACCUACAGGGUUGUACGCUUUGAAGUGAUUCCCCAAAGUAUUAAACUAGAAGACUUGAAGGCUGAUGAGAAGAGUAUGUGCACCCUGCCUGAAGCUACGGGCUCUGCCCCUCAGGAAAUAGAUCCUUCUAAAGAGAACCAGUUGCUCUUCACCUACUCUGUCCACUGGGAGGAAAGUGACAUUAAAUGGGCUUCCCGCUGGGACACCUACCUGACCAUGAGUGAUGUGCAGAUUCAUUGGUUUUCUAUCAUUAACUCGGUUGUGGUCGUCUUUUUCCUUUCAGGUAUUCUCAGCAUGAUCAUCAUCCGGACUCUCCGGAAGGACAUUGCUAACUACAACAAGGAAGAUGACAUUGAAGAUACUAUGGAGGAAUCUGGUUGGAAACUUGUGCAUGGAGAUGUCUUCAGGCCUCCACAGUAUCCUAUGAUCCUCAGCUCUCUCCUGGGUUCUGGAAUUCAGCUCUUCUGUAUGAUCCUGAUUGUCAUCUUUGUUGCUAUGCUGGGGAUGCUGUCGCCUUCUAGCCGGGGUGCGUUGAUGACUACCGCCUGCUUCCUCUUCAUGUUCAUGGGGGUUUUUGGUGGAUUCUUUGCUGGCCGCUUAUACCGGACUCUGAAAGGUCAUCGAUGGAAGAAGGGAGCCUUUUGUACAGCUACCCUGUAUCCGGGUGUCGUCUUUGGUAUCUGCUUCGUCCUGAACUGUUUCAUCUGGGGGAAACACUCCUCUGGAGCGGUGCCUUUCCCAACCAUGGUGGCCUUGCUCUGCAUGUGGUUUGGGAUAUCCUUACCCUUGGUCUACCUGGGUUACUACUUUGGAUUUCGCAAACAGCCAUAUGACAAUCCUGUACGGACAAAUCAGAUUCCCAGGCAGAUCCCAGAGCAGAGGUGGUAUAUGAAUAAAUUUGUUGGGAUUCUCAUGGCUGGUAUUCUGCCUUUUGGAGCUAUGUUCAUUGAACUGUUCUUCAUUUUCAGUGCAAUCUGGGAGAACCAGUUCUAUUACCUUUUUGGCUUUCUCUUCCUGGUGUUUAUAAUCCUGGUGGUAUCGUGCUCCCAAAUCAGCAUUGUCAUGGUGUACUUCCAGCUUUGUGCUGAGGAUUACCGCUGGUGGUGGAGGACCUUCUUGGUGUCUGGAGGAUCUGCCUUCUAUGUGCUGAUCUAUGCCAUCUUCUACUUUGUGAACAAGCUCGAUAUUGUUGAGUUCAUUCCCUCCUUACUGUACUUUGGCUACACCGCCCUUAUGGUCUUGUCCUUCUGGCUCCUCACUGGCACCAUUGGCUUCUAUGCAGCCUACAUGUUUGUCCGGAAGAUCUAUGCCGCAGUGAAAAUAGACUGAAGAUGCAGAGACCCAGCAGAAAGUAGACACCUCUGAAUGCGUGUUGUCCCAGGAGUGAAGGGGACAUCUUCUCCCAACUCUUUUAAGGAAACAAAAUCCAGUGGGAGAGUGACAAGAGAAAUAAAUAACUCCUUGUUUUGGAAUGUAACUUUGGCACAGUGUACAUGGAUUCUGGGCUACUUCUGGGGGGAAAAGGGGUCUGUAGAUACCUUACAUUUUAACUUUAUUAUCCUGUUCCAUAUUUGAGGGAGUUUUUUAGCAGAGAAAUAUCCCUCUGUAUAAGUAAACCCCCUUUUUGCUAAUUCAUCCUUUUUUUUUUUUUUUUUUAUGUUGAUGACAAAUGGAUUUGAGACAGCAGUGGAAACACUUGUGAAAACAUUUUCUUCCAGCCCCUAGGGUGCUCUAGGAUUCAGGGAGACUCUUCAGACAAAUAUCAGACUGGGUUUCUUUCCUGCCUUCAUGUCUGCACAGAAGAGGGAGCUUGACUAUGGCAAAAUAAAAGGAGCCUAAAGGCUUACCCAGCGUGAGUCUGGCGCGCUCUGACUGCAGAAGUCCUGGCUUCGGCUUGUUUACAAUUUGAUGGAGGUGCCAUUCAGAGCCUGGGAAGUGCAAUUUCACCCUGAGAGAGCUUGAGAACUGCAACCCUCGGCAUCGCUUCUCCCUCCCUCUGGCCUUGGACAGCAUGGGCUGCUUCGGAUGCCUCCACGGGAAGGGCUGAGGGAUGUCCUCUCUUUCGGAAUGUGUAGCCAGCUGCAGCAGGACGUAAUGUUCUGCUGGAAGCGACAUGAUUGUGCUGGUGCUAGAAUACAGGACUGGAAGGAUGCGCGAGGUAACUACAAGGGUUUGUUCUGUCAAUAGCUCUGCUCCAGCCGCAUGAGGAAACGGGGCAGGCUUCCUUCCCGGGAUCCCCACCGGGAUUGUGCAGAGCCCUGCGGAGUGAGGGCCGCGACGCUGCUGCUUUAGUGCCAAGCAAUCUGAUGCAGUAUUGGGCCUGAGCUGCCGCGAGGUGUGCGCAGGCCGUGCGGAAGGGGCUGGGGACAGGGAGUAGCCCUGAGGAGUUCUCCCAUUGCCAGGAGCGGGCUGUCUCACUACCUGCCCUGUGUUCCAGCUGCUCUUGCUGCUCUCUUCUCCUCCUCUUAGAUUCUCUACCUCCAGGGAACAGAAAAAGUGUAUGCCCCUAAGCUGUAUUUUGUUCUUCUCCACAAAACAGUCCAAGCCCCCCGGGAUAGCCGAUGUGGGUUCUUCUGCAGCAGGCUCCUCUUUUUCCAUGGCUUGAUGCCUGAAUCAGCCUAUGGGAAGCUCUUUUUAAAAGAGGUUAAAGUUUUUGUUCUGUUUUUUGUUUUUUUUUUUUUGUCACUUAAAUGAUAUUUACCACUAAAAAGGUUCCAUGUUACAGUGAAGGCUCCUUCCAUCCCCAGACUAGCUGGAUUCAGUCAGGGCUACAGGGGAGAGAUUUUUUUAGUGAGAUCUAUGAAAAUUUUGCUUUUACUUCUUGCUGUAGUAAGCAGUAAGGUCUCCAGAUGACCAGCUGCCACAGGUGACACCAUUCCAACCCAGAACUGUCCAAAGCCCUCCCUGUUACCAGCACUGAUGUGCACCCUUGAGGGGUUUGGGGCUUUUUUUUAACCCCAGUUGCCAUAAGUUUCCACCAGGUUCACACAAGGACCUGUGUCUCUUACUGACGGCCUUGCCCCCUGCGGGGAGCUGGCUUCCCAGGCAGCUUGACUCCUCGGCACCGAGUCUUUCCAGCCUUGCCUAAUAGCUUCUUUGGCCGCCCGUCAUGCCAAAGUCUAAUUAGCCAGGAAUCAAGGAUGGAAAAAGGGAGCAGGGGAUGCACGAGCCAACUGUGCUAUGGAGUCCUGCGUCAGUUCUAAUUUGAGAUCCCUCCCUGAAACUGUAGUUGGUUUUUUUGGUUUUGUUUUUGUUUUUUGUUUUUUUUUAAUUUUCUGCCCCUGCCCCAGUGGAGAGGCUCAGCCAGCAUUGAUCUCUCUCCCUUCCCCAAAGUGUUUUCUCUGUAUUCUUUGUAAUUUUUAAUUAAUGUAUGUAUUCUUUGUGUCCUAUUGUAAAUAAAUCUGCCAUUGUCCUGUUGUCCUGCUCUCCUGGGUUCUCCUAAGCCACCUCUUGGGAUUUUCUUUUUGUAACAGCCUGUUCAACACCCGUGUGGUCUUUGACGUGUGGCUUCAGUCAGAAGCAGAGCUUGGAAUACAAACUUGGAACAGUUUUCUUUGUAAUAUUUUUCUCCUGGUAAACUUGACUGAGCAGUACAUUUCUCCCAGUGUGGCAUGUCCUGUAUACUGCCAUAUAUUGUAAUUAAAACGCCACCGGUCAAGGCA